CUCAAUACGUAUAUUGAUGUGAUGUGUGGUCAACGAGGUCCUCUGCGCACCUUUCGCUCACAAUCACAAUCACGAUCACAUUCAUCGAAGGGUCCAUCAAUCCAAUCACGCACGGGUGGACUGAACGUCCACAGAAACAGGUCACAUUGAUUGAUUGCCGUCGUUGCCUUCUUUGCCACACACGUGUGCAUUGAUUGAGUUAAAUCUAGUCACAUGCAUCAUCAAACCCACCAGCUCAGCAUAGCCCAGCAUCGUCGAAAAAACGAGGGCCCCCGAGGGACCAUACCCGCCCCCACCGGCCCCGAGCAGCGACCGUUGCCGCCGCCACGAGAUACUAGCACCCCCUCCCCCGCCCCUCCACACAUGCAUCAGCUCUCCCCAGCGAAUUCAUUGAUGUAGGGCGACAGCUCCAGCAGCUCGUCGGCCUCAUCGUCGGCACGCAGCAGGGGGGGCGAGUCGACGAUGGCCUUGCUGGUGGCCAGUACGGACGAGGCGGCGAUGUGUCCGUAUAGGAGUGCGAGGACGCGCUCGACAAUGCCGUGUGGGAAGGCGAGCGAGCGGCAGACGGUGAGAGCGACCCGCUGGUCGCGCUGCCUCAGGGCGGCGAACCACUUGUUGGACGUGAAGAUCCCCUGAGAUGUCAAAGUGAACUCGAUCAAACGACGCAAUCUACUCACACACACAGGUGCAGGUGUAUGUAUUCCCGGAUUGUCUUGGGUGUUUGGCAGCUUGCUGACCUCUCCCUGACGGAGCAUAUGGGGUGGUCUGUCCGCCACCCCAAAGCCAACGCCUUGGCCUUGUUGCCCUUGACCGCCGCUGGCACACCAGCCGUCGCCUUCUCGCCCUCACCCUCACUCUCCCCGGCCCGGAACACGAAUACCUCACUGGUGCCGUUGACAUGGUCCCCACCGGCCGCAGCUGCCGAACUGGACGCGGCGGGUGGCUGCUGCUCGGUGGCGAGAAUGGGGGCAAGGCAUGCAGCGGGCGCCGCACACAGCGCCUCCAACAGCAGCACACGACUGAAGAAACAGAAAGCAGAGAGGAGAAAGGUGGCAAUGGUGUGUGUGGUAUGCUGUGGUGGUCAUGUCAUCGCAUUAUCGAUACCUACCGGUCGUGUGUGAAGGGGUAUGCCAUCUUGACCUUGACGGAUGAUCUGGAGCGACCAGCAGCAGCAGCAGCGUGUCGUGACAUGGCAGGAGCGGGCGGCGGGUUGUUGGCGUUGUGGCUCACAGGGGGAGGGAUGGCCGAGUGGGGGAACAGCACCGCCUUGGGCACUCUGUACGUGUGUGCCUCGUCCUCAUCCUCAUCGCUCUCAUCUGCGGUGGCGUCGGUGGGCUGUGGUGGCGCGGCUGCCGCUGCUGCUGCCGCGGCUGGCGCAUCGCCCUCAUCUUUCCCAUCCUCACUACUGUCGCCCUCCCCCUCCUGGCUGCUGCCCUCCUCCGGCUGGUUGUGGGUCUCCUCAGGCACGUCCUCAUCUGCCUCAUCCUCCUCUGCGUCAGGUCCAUCGCUAUCGUCGUCACUCAGUGUCAGCUGGGUGGCCUGGGGUGAAGCUUCUUGGGGCGUGUCUGUGUCCGCUUGUGGUAGUGGAGGCUCCUCUUGCUGUGUGUCGAGGAGGGCCAGGAACGGGGUGACGGGCCGCUCGCUGAUGAGACGGGCUAUCACCUGAUCAAGCAAAAGUAUCAUGGCGUUGUGGGCACUUCGGGUGUUUGUGGUUUGUUUGCGGACCCUGAUGAGUUCUCUGGCGAGGUGUUGUAUCGUCUGUGAGUCAGCCGGGAUGGCCGUCUGACCGUCCUGCCAAACAAACACCAACCACAACCACAACCACCCUCUCGUGUAAGCGUCUCAGGCUCGCCUCAUCCCUUCGGCGCUCACCGUGGCCUGCCACAGGCGCCUCGCCCAUAUCAGAUCAGUCGUCAACACCAACGCUGCACAUAAAGGAGCCCACGAAAGAACGUCAAAUGAAUGCGGCUCGCGCUCCCUCAUCCUCCGCUCACCCAGCAAAUGUGGCUCUCUCUCGACCUUAGCUUUGGCGCCGUCAUCCGUCGGUGCGGCAGCAGCCGAUGAAGACGACGACUGGCCUGGCGCGCUCUCGCUGGCACUAGCCGCCGACACAACGGUGGGCCGCUGGAGGGAUGUGGUGAGCUUGGCUGCCAGGUCGGCCGCCAAACGCGACACACGCCCGUAGUCGGCCGUGUGGCGGUGGUACACACUGACGGACGGCGGACGGAAAGGCAGUCAAUGAGUGAGCCUGUCUGUCUGUCUGUCUGUGUUUUCCUUGUGUAUGGUAUGUCUGCCAGUGCUCACGAGCAUCCGAGCGCAUACACCUGGAACCGCAGCCAAUCCCUGACGGACGACACGGCCACACACACACAUGGGUCCAUGGGCGCACACACAUGAACACACGACACACGUACCACCUCUCAACGGUGCCGAAGAGGCUCUGUUUGUAUGUCCGCACCGCCCUCUCCACCAGCCCAAGCAUCCGCUCAUGCGCAGCGCGGGUCGAGUCGGUAAUGGGGAUGCGAUCCAACACCAGCGCACACAGACGCACCGCCCCCUCCAUCCGCACCAGCCUCUCCUUCUGCUGCUCCCGCCGCCCCUGAUCGUUCUCCAGACUCUCCACACGGGUCGUCACGAGGUCGGUCAAUUCGUCAAGGUAGCGGAUGGUGCGAGGGUCGGGAUUGUCGCACGCGAGAGCGAGGUAGUACAUGGCCUUCCUCUCGGCGAAGGCCUUGAUGGCGUCGAUGGAGUGCCUGCGCGGGUCGAUGAGCUGCAGGCCGCCGGUGUUGUGCGUGGCGGUGGACGAGAUGUCGGGUGUCAUGGUGGAGAUGACGAAGAGCGAGAGGGACAGCAUCCGGUGGGCGAUGUCGUCGUACUCGCGGAUGCACGUGGCGCUGCGGAUCGUGUGGUGGAUCAACUGCAUGGACGGACGCAACACACACAUCCUGCCGGCCUGCCUGCCUGCCUGCCUGCCGGCGGAUGUGUGUGUUUAUCUAUGGGGCCUCGCUCACCUGUGCGGUGCUGACGGUCAUUUCUGCAUUUUCCAUCGAGUCGAAGAAGAGCUGUAUGUGGCCCUCUGCCCUGAUGCGGGCAUAUAGAGACUUCUGCCGCAUCAGAUGCGCCACGAAAAACGUCGACACCUCGUCGGUGAACCUAGACACACAUCAAGUGGUGGAUGGCCUCGACACACUGCUUAGCUGAUAUUGACGUGCAUGUGUAUGUGCACCAUCUGUCGAGUAGGAUCCUUGCGAAGUUGGAGUUGAGCAGCGAGGGCCAGAAGGUGUCGGGCGGGCCGUUCUGCGCCAGCACGAUCAGCAGCCCGAUGAUGGACGAAGCGCCAUCAUCCUCCUCCUGCACCCCAUCCCAUUCCCAUUCCCACACACAUAUCAACACAACCACCACACACACACACACACACAUGAGCUGCUGAUUGCUGUGGUACUCUGAUCUGACCUCUCCGAAGCUCUGCAGUGACUCGACGAGGAAAGCCAGCAUGUCAUGCAGCGUGUCUGCCGCGAAGAACUGCUGCCGCUUGUUGUCGUCGAACUGCAGACUGAGCGUCAGGUCGUCCACACUCUCUAUGAGCUCGGCGAUGUUGCCGUCCUCGAGUGCGUGCCGCAGGUCGGCCAGAGUGGGGAGGUCGCUGUCGUCACUGCCCGCAUCCAGUGGGCCAGGGAACAUCGACACAGACAUGAGAUGAGUGAAUCAGAGGGGGGUCGCACACGGAUGGAUCACCGCUGCCGAGCGUAGGAAUUCGCAAUCAAUUGGGUAGAGAUGCUGUCGAGCACCUCAAUAGGCAACCACGAUGCUUUAAAAAUGAUGCUUUCUUCCGUUUUCUCGCAGCGGU